CCAAACUCACUCAUCCAUGUCUUUAUGGACCUUGCUUUGGUCACUGGUGUACAGUCAUGUUGGAACAGGAAGGGGUCAUCCCCAAACUGUUCCCACAAAGAGCAUGAAAUUGUCCAAAAUGUCUUGGUAUGAAGCUGAAGCAUUAAGAGUUCCUUUUACUGGAACUAAGGGGCCGAGUCCAACCCCUGAAAAACAACACCUGAACUCAAUGAUCUGGAGGGGUGUCCCAAUACUUUUGGCAAUAUAGUGUAAGUUGACUGACAGACAUUGAGUUCCUGUUUCAACACCACAGAACACUACAGUGACUAUAACACUGACAUCUCAUGGUUUCUUUUUCAAUCAUUUGACAAUAAGAUCCCAAAUAUUUAUACUCCUCCAACAGGGCCAAGGUAUCUCCCCUUACCUGAAGGGAGCAUACCAGUCUCAUAUGGGAGGGAGCCAUGGCCUCGGACUCGGAGGUGCUGAUUUUCAUUCCCAUCGCAUCCUGCUUCACACAAAAAUGGACAGAUUUACCUGGAAAAUUCCUGAAAGCCAUUCUCUUGGGUACUGUGUGAGGUCAGGGAUACUGAGUCUUCAAUCAUAGAGGCAUCUGCAUGAAGGCUGUGGUCAGAAGGCUGUUGGGGCCAGUACAGUACAUGUGGUACUCUGAGGACAUGCUGGUGGACAACAGUGUUGAGGGAAGCCAUCAAGUUGAAGAAGUAUCUAAGUAAUGCUUAUGGAGGUCCUUUCAGAUUCAGAAGAGAUAGAGCAAAAGCAGUUGCAGAAGCUUGGGCAAGGGAGGACAGUACAGUAGCCAUGGAGAAAAACUUCUGGAUAAUCUGGGAAACAUUUCUGCAUCUCAAGACUGGGAGACAAAACAGACUGGACGUACUGUUUAUUAUACAGAGAAAUAUGAAUGGACAUGCCCUCCCUUUAGGAGGCAGUAGCAGACAUCUCUGGUGUUUUGGGGUUCGUCUCUGUAGCUAGUUGGAGAAGAGCCAGGCUUCCUCACACACACUCGGGUUUAUUUCUUCCAGAAACAUUCCACAUUCCCAAAGCCAGUUUUCCUUUGAAGGGUCUAGUCCAUCUGAGACUGUUCUGCACAUGCCUGCUGCAUGACUGGCAUUGCACCUGAUCCCCACGCUUGAUCUUGCUAGUGGGUGGACUCUGGUCUUCUGCGUUUGACUCAGCGUCUCUCUGUAAAAGACAGGAAGCAGGAGAAGAGUUUCUACAGGAGGCGCUCUCUCAGCGUUGACUGGGCAGAGUCUAAGAUGACUGAGCGGGUUCUGGAGCAUUGUCCAGCAGCGAUGCGGAAAUAUUCAAGUUCGUCCUGUUCUUCCCCACCCAACGCCGCACGCCGUCUCUAUAGAAACCUUUCUGGAAAAUUUCGCAUGGCCAAUUCAGAUGAGACAGACAGCAAGGAGCAGCUACGCAAAGCCAAUGCAUAUAACAGGGCAUUAUUUGAGGCAGUGGAACAGCAGGAUCUGGAUCUAGUGGAAUCGAUCCUGAAGAACUUCAGUGUUGAAGAGCUGGACCUAAAUACCCCGAACAGUGAAGGGCUUCUUCCUCUUGACAUUGCCAUCCUCACUAACAACGUCCCCAUGGCUAAACUGUUACUGCAGAGGGGUGCUAAAGAGAGCCCACACUUUGUGAGUCCUGAGGCAAGAGCAGUUCAUCUGGUUGCCUUGGUGAAGGAGGCGGAGCUUCGUGUGUCUGAACUGGCUGCCCAGGUGAAGGGGACAGAGUCAACAGAUGAAGGGGCAGAUACAGACAGAGAGAGACAACUGAAGGCAUGGGAGUGGAGACUCCGCCUCUACAAACGCAUGCAGACAGGAUACACACAUACUAGCCCCCCCGACCCACCCAGCUGUGUGCGUCUCUCCAUCAGCAGCUCUUCAAGUCUUAAAGUUAAUUUUCAGGAGCCGCUUUGCCUCAACGCUGCUAUCAUCACCAAAUACCGUGUGGUAUGGAGUUCUUCUCCUUCAUUUUCUCCACUGCUUGGGGAGAUUGUGAUUGAGGACACAACCUUACUGCAGUUUGACAUCACAGGCCUUCAAGCUGGUGUACAUUAUUAUGUUCAGGUGUUUGCGUAUAACAUGAAGGGAUGGAGUGAACCUCAGAUAUCUGUACCAGCCUGUGCUACUCCAUCAGGUUGGAGGGAUGUGGAUGGUCGUGAGCCAAGGUUACACAGUCUCAGUGAGACGCUGCUCCAGAUCCUGGGACAGAUUAAAGAGUCGCACCAGCACUGUGUGUGUCAUGAUCACUGCAAAGGGCCGUCAAAUGUCAGGAAACACUCUGUUUCUAAAAGUCUGAGACAUUUCUUCCAGCCAACCAGCAAAUUCAUCAAAUGUCUGAAAAGGGGUUUGUAUAUAGCGUGUGUGUUUUAUAAAGAUGACAACAUUCUGGUCACUGCGGAGGAGCAGCUGCCCAUCAUUGAAGUGGAUGAUUCUUACAGCUCCCUCACACAAGACUUUCUGUGGUUUACUAAGGUGACAUAUUUGUGGGAGGAGAUUCUGUGGCUGCAGCAGUGUGCUAGCUCCACCCACCCAUCCUGCUCCUGCACCCUGCAGACACGCCUUAAAAUUCUACAAGCUUUAACACAGCUUCAGGCUCUGUUAGGCACCCAGGACCUGGGCCAGGUGUACUUCGAGCCCCUGCGUGAUAAGCAUGGUAACGCCCUAUUAGUGUUACUGCGUGAUUUGGGUGGAUGUUCAGAUCUGGACACACAGCGAUGGUCUAAACUCGGCAAACUGCAGCUGCAGCGCAAAUCCACCAGCUGUGCAGACGAACCUACAGCCCUGGACACACUCCUCAUCACCCUACAUGAGAAGCUUGUCUAUCAUAAGCGCAGUAGGAAGAUGCUCUCUCCCGGACUCUAUCUGGGUUAUAUGAAGCUCUCCAGCUCCGUGGAACAGAUCAGAGUUCUGGUUCCUCAAAAAAUCCCCAAUGUGUUCUGUCAUGUCAAAAUACGAGACAACAGCCAUGUGUCCAGAGAGGAGUGGCAGUGGCUGCAGUCUGUACACUCUCUGGAUGACACCCAGGAUGUGUACGUUAAUGAGCAAAACGCUGCACAUCGCCUCUUACUGGAGUUACGCAACGCUGCCAAUGAUCUGCUUGGGCGUAUAAAUGUUCCAAACAACCAGGCCUCUCUCUCUCUCCCUCUCCCUCUCCCUCUCUGUCUCUCUGUCCCCCUCUCUGUCUCUCUGUCCCUCUCUGUCUCUUUUAUUCUCUCUCUCUGCAUGUCUCAGGCUCAGGAUUUUCGUAUUUACGUUCAAGAUGUGCUCGAGUUCGGAGAGGGUGUGUCCUUCCUCUUGUUCCUCCCACCAUAUGAGGAAGUGUGUACACCACCUGGGCAAAGCAACUUUUCCCCUAGAUCUGGAUUUUUUACACUGCCUCUACAGAUCUUUGAGCUGGUUCAUUUCGGAGCGUACUGUCCCACUUUUAUUGGUCAGUACUGCCGUGUGUCAGCCAGCUUGGAUCUGGAGUCUCUCAUUUCCCAGCAAGCUUUGCGAGAGGCUUUUUCAGAGUCUGAGCUGCUCACUGCCAAGCAGAGACAUCAGAAAAUCCAGGAGCUCUUACAGCAGGUGGAUGAGGUUUGGCGCGAGGCUCGUUGGAUGGUGGAGGUAUUACAAUUCGCCCGUUAUAAACAACAACAAGUUGGUGUGAAUCUUGGCUCCAUCAUCGACUUUAGCAAGGAGAACAUUGUUGAAAAAACGCCUUCUACAUCUUCCCAGCCUGACUAUCUCCCCUCACCCGCCCCCUCGCCAGUCGAAUCACCUGCCCCUUCACCAGAUAGUGGCCGCAAAUACCCUGAUCCUCUGUCUGAUGAUGAAGGCUCCUUGGAGGUAUUCCUUACUCCAGACAGUGAUUACAGCUCCAGCCCACGAGAACUUGACCUCCUUGCACCAUCACACCCUCUCCCUUACACACACACUCUUGAUCAGCCAGAUGUGCUGUGCUCAGGGGGUGGAGUCAGAGCAGGGCCAGAGCUGAUAGACAGUGACUUCGUCCUGCCGAGCCGUCAGAUCGAGCUGCUGCGCAUCACAGAGAAAAAAACAGCAUUGUGUGUGCGUACCAGCAGCCUUGAAACCCCACCCACUCCAUCAGUGACCACACCAAGCCACUCCCCUGCAAAAGUUUGGGCACGCCCCGGACCUAUACGUUCCCUUUCGGAGGACAGCGGGAGGAAACAAAACUCCUCCCACUGCAGGAACCCAACUUACAGAUCCUGCUACUCAACAGUCAGGGUUUAUCCACAGUACCACACGGGGCUUCCCAAGGAGACUAGCGUGAAGCUGAGAGUAACGAUACACACCACAGCGAGGGAGAUGGUGCAGCUGGUGGUUCAGGAGAUAAACGGACUGUGUGCACGUCUCCAGAGUGCGGCCCGGCAGUGUGUGUGCCCUGCGCAGGUGUGUGUGUGUGGAACAGAAGUAUGUGUGUAUGCAUCAGAGCAGCUGGACCACUUUGCACUGGUCCUCCUCACAGAGGGACGGGAGAAAUGGCUGCAGGAUGAUUUCUGUCCUCUCACACUCCAGAACCCGUGGACUCAUGGCAGGCUGUGUGUACGAUUUAAACAGUAUUCUCCUCUCGCUCUACAGCAUGGCAGAGCCACUGCAGUGUAGCAUGCACACACACACACACACACACAGUUACAUUAACAGAAUAAAUUAUAGGCAAUAUGAGUUAUGAGAACAGUGGCUUCAGACUAGAUACACCAUAGAUAACUGAUCAAAACUGGCCAGAGCUCUGUUAAAUUACUUCCAGCUGAACAGAACCAGACAGAACUGGACUUAUCAGAACUGCAUAUCACUUCCACACUGUUCAGAGACACUGCUUAACUGUAAUAUACCUGUGAUGUAAUUAAACCAUCUGUUCACACACACACACAGUUGUAGUGUUUUAAAUACACGGUACAGAAGUAAACAGUUUCACCCAAAGAUCUGCUGAAUGUUCUGAAGAGGAGCAACACAAUCAGCCAAUCACAAAGUCUGUAUUAUAGACACCUGCAAUGCAAUACACAUGAAAACACACACCACACCAACAUCACCAUCUCUGAUCAUCAGCACCGAUCAGAUUCUAGACCCACUUUUAGGAUAACAAACCCACAUUGAGCAUUUCAGGACAAUAGUAUGCAUUUUAGAGCUACACUUGGAUGCUGAGUUGUUGGUUGUUGAACCCUAAUAAAAAAUAUAGGGACACACUGAAUAUUCUAGAUUUAGUACCAUACUGAGCAUUCUAGAGCCACACAGAGAAUUAUGGUGCAUACCAGGUAUUCAUAAUCUCCACUGAAGAAUUCUGACCCCGAUAAUAAGCAUUGCAUCAUACAACCGCACUGAGAAUUCUGGAGCUGCACAGAGGAGCCUGUGGAUAUCAGAAGCACACUUGGUGUUCAUGGCUGUCAUGAGAUGCAUCACAUCUCUAAUUGAUAACUGCAGAGUUCAGUGUGGAUCCAGAACAUCUAAAACGCUAACUGAAGUAUUUUUAUCAAAGCGAUUUGUUGACAAAUAACUCUCUCUCUCUCUCUCUCUCUCUCUCGCUCUCUCUCGCUCUCUCUCUCUCAGCCAUGCCUGUGGGUUGGGCCAACAAAAUGACAUUUGCUGUUUUAAUUAUUUAAAUUAUCCAUAUUGGGUGAAUGCACUGAAAUGCACCUGUAGAUUAGACUAAAUAUCCACCAUUACUAUGAAACAUAGACUAAGAUAUUUUUUUCAAUAUAAAAAUGUUGUUUGUUUGAGAUUUUCUGAAAUGUUAACGAAAUUUUUUGCUCUAUACUGUUGAAAAUGUUUUUUCUUUACCACACUAAAAUUAUCUUGAUCUGCACUGUGUGUGUGUGUGUGUGUGUUCAAUCUGGCAGCAUAGAUUUAUUUUCCUUGGAUUGAUCUGGAAUCAUGACCACAAUAAAGUUUUACACUAGAGAAAUAAAA